AUGCGAUUAGAUACCAAAAUGCCUAAGCGUAAAUGCUUAUUUAACAGUGAUUUCCAAACUAAGUUUCCGAUGUUAAAAAAAGGAAAAUAUGACUGGGAAGCAUCGACAUCGGAGGACCUCCUUAUUCAAGCAGCGGAAGGCGCACUCGUCUAUCAUACAGUAAGCCAUCAUAUGUCCUUCAAUUCAUUGGACUGCACUUGUGCUCUCAACCGCGAAAUAUUUUCGGGGUCAGAUGUUGCAAAAAAAGUUACAUGCAAUCGAACAAAAGCAACUGCGAUAGCCACCGGAGUGCUGAGCCCUUUGUCGGUUGAAGAACUUGAAAGAGAUUUACAAGAUAUACCAUUCAUCAGCGUGGCUACUGAUGCUAGUAAUCAUGGAAGCACAAAAUUAUUCCCGUUGAUUAUUCAAUAUUUUGAUGCAAAAAAAAACGGAAUCACUACAAAGGUGCUCGAAAUAGAAAACACUAAAGACGAGACAUCCGACACAAUCACUGAACUUAUAAUAACACAGCUUCGCCAGCAUAACCUCUUGUCUAAAUGUAUUGCUUUUGCUGGAGAUAAUUGCAAUACAAACUUCGGUGGAAUAAAACGAUGUGGAACCAACAAUGUUUUCCACAAGCUGAAAGAAAAUCUAAACCCAAACAUGAUUGGUGUGGGAUGCUCUGCACAUGUCAUUAGCAACGCAGUGCACCACGGAUUUCGAACGGAAGCUCUUAAAGAAUUCUGUGAAACAGCUGAGGUCGAAUAUAAACAGCUUCUGUAUCAUUCCAAGACGCGUUGGCUAAGCCUGUUUCCAGCUAUCGAGCGACUCCUUAAGCUCUACCGUCCAUUAAACGAUUAUUUUGAAAGCAUAGAAAGGCCACCUGUUUUAAUUAAACAGUUUUUUGAAAAUCCUCUCUCGGAGGCAUACUUGUUUCUCAUACACUCAAUUAUGCACACCGUUCACUCAAAAAUACAGAAAUUAGAGAAAAGUGAUAAUUCAGUCCUUGAAACCAGAAGCAUACUUGCAUCCAUAACAAAAAGCUUAGAUGACCGAAUUAAGGAAAGUUUCGUGCCGUUGAAUGUUCAGCGUAUUAUAAAUAAAGAAGAUCAAAACACGAAACAAGAGUCUAAAAAAUGCACGCAUGAUUUCUACAAGGAAAUCAAAACGUACAUUGAAGAAUGGAUGAAACCGUUAAAACAAUUUGAGAAAUUUGACUGGAUGUUUUUGCAGAAAAUUAAUAACAACACAGAAUGGACUCUUAUUGAAGACACUGUCCUUUAUCUAAAAGACAAGAACAUAGAUAUUGACGACGCAAAAUUAAUUGACGAGUGGGUGAAUUUAGAGGCUUUUAGCCAAAACCUAAGUGAACAAGAUAAGCUUUUAAAUUCAAAUCAACUUUGGGUGAUAUAA